UUUCGUUACUGCAUUUGAUAUUUCGCAUCGUGUGAUUGCAUUGUUACGGUCUGCUGUGCGUGACAGUAACAGAUUAAUUUAACACUGUCAUUGAGAAGAAACUGAGUAGACAAUCGCUCUAUAAAAGACGAUUUCCACGUUUCUAUCGAUGUAUUUCGAUCGUGUUAUUUGCUGCAACAGUUGUAUCGAUUGAAAAUGGCGCUACUCGCGGACCAUGAGGACGCAAACAGUACGCACGGUAUUUAUUUUAGUUGAACUGAUAGUUACUUUAAUCAAACUUCGAUCUGCCAUACUCGUUUCAUGACGAUUAUAAGGAACCGUAUGCUCUUUCGUCUCUUGCCCUGCCACACUCAUAACGCGCACUACAUUUAACACUCGUAUUUUCACUGCGAUUGAAUUUCGAAAUUAAUCUUCUUUAUACGUCUUAACACUGUAGCAAUUAGUUACCUACUAAUGAUGCAACUGUACCGGAAGUUGUAAUGCGAGGGGGUUAGUUACAUAUCGAUCAGACAAAUCGAUCGAUAAAAAACGUCGAUCGAACGUUAGACCUUUCAAUUUUAAACCGCGUAACUGAACUAGGUUCUUCGAUAAUCGAUUCGAGAUUUCGAUUUAAACGAGGAUAUUCAGCGUUUCAGAAUCAACGAGUGCAGACGAAGAACGUAUUCGUUCUUCGUAAUUACAAAUCGCUUACGAAAUAUUUAAACUUAAUUGGAUUAAACCCGUACCGUCAUGCCCGGGGAAACAAAAUUAGAGCGCACAUGGUAUACUCUGGCAUGUUUAUAGGCAUGUUACCAUUGGUUAUACAGUUCGGUAUAUCGAUCAGCGAAAAAGAUGUCGAUGGAAUAAUCGACGAAUUCCCACACAUACUUACAGCGGUUGGUACUAUGAUUAAAUUCUGCAACAUUUCUUUGAAUCAUCAGCACAUUAAGACAUUGUUGGAUCUUAUUUUAAAAGACUGGGAGGUGUUGACGAACGAACUGCACAUGCUGAACAAAAUUACGACGCAAGGAAACAGGAUUGCCAAUUUGUACAGAACAACAUUAUUGUCAUUCUUAAUGGUUUUUAUAGCAAUCCCAUUGAUUCCUCCCGCCUUGGAUAUUAUUGCACCAUUGAAUGUAACUCGUCCAAGACAACCAAUGUUUCGUGCUAAUUACGUGAUCAUAAAAGUUGACGAUCACUUUUUCGUCACUUACGUGCACAUGGCUUCUGUUGCUUCCCUAGGUGUGUUUAUAAUCGUUACGGUAGAUUCCUUAUACAUGCUUAUCAUUCAUCAUGCUUGCGGACUGUUUGAUGUGUGCGGGUAUCAGGUUCAAAUGGCAACAAAAAAUUCUAUAUUAAGCUAUGAAGAGUUCAGGCAAUGUGUGAUCACUCAUCAUAAAGCUCUUCACUUUUUCAAUACCCUACAGGAAUGCAGCCAGAACAUGAAUUUAAUGCUAGUUGGGAUAAACAUGUUACUAAUUAGCAUGACUGCUGUUCAAGUAACAAUGUCUUUAUGCUUAAAUUUCCCUAAUAUCAAUUACAUUACAUUUAUUUUACAGAUUAUUUUGUAUAUUGAUCAACCUGCAGAUGCAAUGAGAUUUAUAUUGUUUCUUAUUGCUGAAAAGUUUCAUUUGUUAGUCAUUAGCUUGUUUGGACAAAUCCUGUUAAAUUAUGCUUCAUCAUUACCAGAAAAAAUAUUUAGCUCAAAUUGGUAUGAAAUGCCAGUCAAGUAUCAAAAGAUACUUUAUAUGAUGAUAAUUAGAUGCAACAAAACAUGCAACCUGAGUGCAGGAGGAUUGUAUGACAUGAACAUAGAGAACUUUGGGAAAGUAUGUACUGAUAGUUGCAUUGGUAGAGCUAUAAUGGUUGGAUGUAUGAUAAUGUUAAAUUUGUUUUGUUUAAAAGACAGUUAAAGCAUGCAUGUCGUAUUUUACAAUGUUUCUAUCACUGAGGGACUGAUCUUUUGUACCUAUUUAUAAGUAAUUAUUUCAAUUGAUCAUACUGGAGAUAAAGCCAAGGUUCAAUGAUGUGUGGUGGUGUAGCUAGGUGGUAGCUAGGGUAUAUCAUAAAAAAAAUUAUUGAAAUAUUUGAAUCAUGAUGCAGAAUGAAAUUUGAAACAUUUUAAACAAAAUGUAUCACACAGUUAACAGAUGUAUUAACAAUUCAGUUAAUAGUUUCUAUAAAAAUGUGGAACCUAGCUCAAAACCCUAAUUACACCAAUCAACACAAUUAUCCAAUGAAUUAAUCCAUACAUUUUACAUAUUGAUAAUAAAUUGUUCACACUGAAGUUUUGAUGUUGCAAGAAAAUGUAAACAAUUAACAUACACACACAACCAAAUAAAACUGUUGCAACAAAUCUGUCAAAUUUAUGAAAAAAAGUCCACCCAUUCAAGAAAGUAAAAUGAUUUAAUUUACCUUCAAUGAAAUUAAUUGUAUGUACAAGCAUCUGCUGACCCUACAAAUAUUCCACCCCGAUCCAACCGCGAAGCGUGCUUCGCUAAAUGUUUGAAGACACCUAUAGACUGCAGGAAGUAGAAUGAGGGAGACUGUGGAGUUCCACGUUGUAGUGAUGGAUAUAACUUCAUCGGCGUAAAACCAGAAAGAAUCACGCUUAGAACAGGAAGCAUAAAUCAGUUGUAUCGAGCAGCAUAUAACAAUAUAUCUUCUUGAAUAAAACUGAUACAACAUA